GGGAUGUGAUCGCAGACGAUUGAAGUCGUGGUUGUUCUUUUGGGACGGAGGGCCCCCGACUGUGGCUCGGUGCGUCUGGCAACCUGACCCAGCUACCCCUACACCUACGAUACAACAGAAUCGGCGGCAGAUGUAACGGCUAUCGCCGACGGUAACGAAGCAGUUGUUCCUCGCCGCGUUGCGGAGGCGACAAGUGCGAUAACAGUUCACCAUUCUACGCGAUAGUGGGUGCAGGGCUCAUUCUAUCUCUCGUUGACGCUGAUCAAGGCAAAGCGUCUGACACCACUGAGUAGCGAUAAGCUCGGUAAAAGAAGCCACCACGCUCUUGUGCGAGCGUAGGAUUCGGGCCCCAAAACACCGCCAUGCCGGAUCGUGAACAGGGACGGGUGCACCGUUUUCGCGACCACGUCGUCUCCGGCGUCAACUGGCGACCGACGCGGUUCGUCGACAAGGUUCCCAGUUCACGUGUAUGCAGCCUCUGCCACAUGAUCCCCAAACGGAUGGUGCUGUUGCCGUGCUCGCACGCCCUGUGCCAAUCUUGCCAAGCAGCCAGUCUCGAAGGGAGCGUCGGUCGGUGUCCGUUGGAUCGAGAGGCAUUCGAAGAAGGGGAGUGCGUCGGUUAUGAAUUCCCGGCCAGGAAAGCGAACACCGUGGAGGUGUACUGCUGGAACGGAGCGCACGGCUGCGAGUACACGGGCACCAUGGACCGCAUGCUGGAACACUACGAGAACGAAUGCGCAUUUCACACCAUGGAAUGUUUGCGAUGCGGCGAGGUAGUCCAGCACAAAGACCUGCCAAGGCACUAUGUGAACGGAUGCAGGGCCGGUGUUUCUUCAGCGAUCACAGAGUCAUCGCAACCUACAACACUGACCCUUGAAGACGUGAAGGCGAUGUUGGGAUGUCUCAACCACGACCAGCUGCUGCCAGUGAUUCAGAGUCAGUUGAAUGAGCUGACAGAACAAGUCAGAAAACAGGAAGCCAGGUUUGCCGAGAUCACUCGCGAGCUCGGAGCAUGCGAGCACAAUUUAGCGGGCGAGAUGGAUCAAAUCAGCGCCGCAAUUUCCUCGACCGUGUCGCACCAGCGGACGUCUCAGCAAAAUCCAGUGGAAGAAGCCAGCACGUCGAGGUCGCUGUCGUUGCACUCGGGACAAGAAGAUGAAAUACGUCGAAAGUGUGAACACUUAGCCCACCUGGAACACUCGCGGCAAACUUCCACGAAGCCUCAUUCCAGCUCUGUCAUUGCUCAUUGUGGAUCUAUUUUCUGUGACGUUCGGCGGUUGACCAGUGCGCUAUCGAUACUCGAGCGCAUUAAAGUAUAUGGGUGCGUGGAAUAUCUGCUGACCGUGGAAAACUUUGAGGAAAUCAUUCAGUGCCAGGAAGGCUUCAAACAGUUUGCCGAGAUUACGGUACGGCACAUGAAGGACACGUACUUUGCCAUUGCCGUUUGGAAGCACGGCGGUUCUGCAGCUGAGCUCGUUCUGAAGAUCCAGUUUAACGGGACGCUGGUGGACUCCAAGUGUUGGCCGCCUUUCUGGAGAGUGCGCGCGGUGCAUCCAAAAAUAUUCAAUGAACGUUCGUUGACUCCCGCUGCCGAGCCUUGUUUCUGCAACCACGAUGACCCCUCACUGCUCCACUUCCACCUCAAAUUUACUGCAGACAUUGCCUCGCUGGAAAAUGACGGCUACCUCCGAGACGGAAAGGUAGACUUCCGUAUCUCGCUCAGCGAAAGUAAGAUGGACGGGGGGAUCAGAGGAGCACCCUAACCGUCGUCAUCGCAGAAUGUUCACUGCACCGGAGAAUCCUCGCCACAUCACAAUAUGUGUCACAGGAGCUUAACGAAUUUUUGAUCUCCUUUCUAGUAAAUAAAGUGAUCUCUGCGACAUCUGUUUUGUGGAAACUUGCUAUCCCUAGUAGCUGUCAACCUAUCCUUUUCUGACUUUACUGGCCGUACGUUUUGUUUAUUUCUUGUGCUAAUACAGUUUUUGUUGCGAAA